GCCCUUUAUCAGAGUUCUAUAACGUCACGAGAUUUUCGAAAUAAAACCAAAAUGAAAUAUUGUUUUUUAGAAUGAAUUGUUUUAUGGAUGGCCUAAAACAGAUAAGUAUGUUGUGAGAUACCACAUGAUGCCUCAUCGCGUAAAGGUUUUAUUGUUUCAAUGGUUACUUUCCUGUCCGCGUUUAUGGGGGUAUAUAACCAACAACUUCACGCAUUUCCUCAGCUCCAGGGGCGCGAUAUUCGGAUGGGGUGGUCAAGAACAGAGGGGGGGGGGGACUGAUAGAAAGAAAUUGUAAGAUAGAAAGGAAGCUCAGUAACAAAAAGGAUGUCGUAUAGUCGUUUGCUCUUUAUGACCCUUAUUAAUCAAUUGAAACAAAAUGACAUCGCGUUUAGGUCUUAAAUUGCCGCCAUUAAAAAUUACCUGUCGCUUCCCCUUUAGACCUACAUGCAUAAGGAAAAUGACUCUGGAGCAGGUAAGUGUCGUCGAGACGUAGGCCUAUAACUUUUUCAUAGUUUUCACCUUUAUAACAAUUGCUGAAAGUUGGGGAUUCUGAAUAACCUGAAACUCGAAGUUCCUCAUCGAAUGGUCGUGUAGACACUCGUCCAUCCCAGCAUCUCAGGUUCCACACACGAUGGGCCAUAUCAUGACACCGGUGGGCGAGCAGGCUAACCCGAGCUACAUCUCACUCCUUAAACGGGCCUCGUUCAGGAGACAGCCCGCCUACGUCAAGGUGGCUGCUAAGAUCGAGGAAGAGAUUCGAAUCCGUGAUCUUCAGGCGAAGUCUCUGCUGACCCGAGUAAACCAACUCAAGAACCAUUACUCAGAUGAGAUCCAUUACGUCACAAAGAAUAUCGAAUGGAAGAUGGGAGGUCUGGGACUACCUUGGGUUGCAAGAGAGGAUGACGUGUGGGACCAGACCGCCGUCUACUGCAAGGAGUUUAUCCACUCAAAGCUCAAGCGGUUGGGGUAUAUGGGAGGCAGCAAUAAGAACGGGGUCCGAGGUUCGGUAGCUGCUCGUGGUCAACGAGUCUCGGCUGUCUGUCGGGAGCUCACCCUAGUCGGGUCCGAGCUCGAACGGAUGUACCCGACCCUCUAUAAGGAUAUCACCAAGCAGCUCAACGUCACCAUUUCUUCCGAGCAGAUCGUCGAACAGGUGCUUUUCGACGUCGGCGAUGCGGUGUUCAAAGCGGGGAUCACAUGGGCGAGGGUCGUCGCGUUUUUUGUCGUGUCGUCGUCGUUAUCAAUUGAAUGCAUGCAGCAAGGGAAUGGCAUCUUUGUACACAGUAUUACAGUGGCCCUAACGAGAUACGUUCAAACUAAACUAGUGAGGUGGAUAGCACAACACGGUGGAUGGACGGAUCUACUGCGGACAUUCCGCCGGAAGAGAAACGAUUCGGGGACUAUAUGGCUCUUGACGUUUGGGGGCGUCUUCUUCGGUUUGCUCAUCACUGCCUUGUUAUCACACGCCCCGUAUUUGGUGCCUUGGAAGCCAGAAAAUUGAGGGUGGGGCGGGGGCAGGGGCGGUGAUCCGUUUUUUCUUUUCAUAUCGAGUUUGCAAAGACAAUAUUACAAAUAAUUACAAGUUAGGCUUGCAUGUGUGAAGAUUUCUUGUAACGACGGGGAUGGAUGGAGGGGGUCCCCCGAUUGCUGUACAAAUAAAAAUAAAAAUUAAGGGGCGACCCCCCCCCCCCUCCGCUAGCAUCACUGCCCAUAUAUUGAUGCUACUGCCCAUCAUUGAUGUCACGUGUCGAAUUAGGAGACUAGUGGGAGCUGAAUUCGAAGGAAAGAUGCAAUGCUCAAUUCAAUAAAUUACGAACUGAAACAAAACCCACUACAUCGUUGGGUAUCGCAACCACGCACUCAGUCGAAUCAUCAUCCAGCUGGGGUUUUUUUUCUUGGCACAUUGUACUACGUCAACAAUAAAUGGGGACGACUCCGGUCAAACUGAGAUAUGCCUCACAGAAGAUACAUGUGCCCGACAUAGCAGCAUAAAAACGGAACUCUUCGUUUUGAGCACCAUCUCUUACUUGAAGAUUAAAGUAGUAUGAGGUAUGAAUUAAUGUCCCCCCCCGAUCCUGAUCGUGAAAUUCAUGAGGAUUCUGUAGAUUAAGGAAUCAUCAAUUUCGAAAUGAAAGACUUCGACAAAUCAGAGUCGGUCAGUUGAAAUUAAGUGGCCUUGCUAGUUUCGAACUUGGCUAGAAUGUUCCGCAAAGAGUGGAGAAUGUUCAAACUUUGCCAUAGACAAGUGUGAUAUUUUUAAGGCAUAUUGGUGGAGAGAAGUCGUCAGUGUGAAUUUAUAAAUUGAAAUAACUCCAAACAGAAUGAGUACAUACGGCCUUCUUAUU